ACUUAAAAGUCAACCGUUUAGUCAUGUCAAGCUUUUUCUUUUGGUUCUCUUGAUACCAAUAACAUACUAAGUUUAUAAAUUUGAUAAUGUUAUCAAUAAUCUACUCUUUCUUGAUUCUACUUGAUUCAUCACAUAUGAAGUUCUUAAUUAAUUAUAAAAAUGUGUCUUCUUUAUCGUUAAAGGUCACACCUACAAUACGCACUAGUGUCCGUCUCUUUCACCACCAAAGACACUCUCUUCCACUAUCUCGAUAUUCCCAAGCUCCUCUUCUUCCUGCGAACUUUCUGGAGCUUCGAAGGUCCAUUCUCAAUCUUUAAACUUGGUUUUUAAAAUUUUAUAAAGUUAUAAAAACCCAUCAAAGAAAGAAAUAGGUAGAUUCACGAAUAUUGGGUUUACCAAAUUGUGGUGUAAUAUAUUUCAUAUUGAUUUGGCUAUAAAAAUUGGGUAUGUUCUAUGCAUCACUGUUUGCUUUGUUAAUUCGUUUGAUAAGGAAAUGAAAUAACUGUUGAUUCUACUACUAUUACGGAGUAAUGAAAAAAAAGACCAAAAGCUUGGAACUUCUUAUGUAUCUCUCUCACCUUGAUAUUCUUGGUUCAAAGCACCCAUUCCCUUGAAAUGUUUCCAAAAGAGUAAAACCUCCAUAAAGAGUCAGUCAUGUGGUGUUGACCAUCUUUUUUUUCACAACAUAUUUAUAUCAUUAUAUAUGCAUUGUUGUUACAGAUGAUAAUGAAUAUCCCCCUGUAGUAGUGAUCUCUCUCUAUUUAUAUCCUAACCCAUGAUUUGUGUUCUCUUGGCUUCAAUCUCACAGAUUGGAGGAAGAUGAUGCAUUCUUAACACUCGAGACUUCAAGAGGCUGUGUCUUCUAGUGGGGGGUUUUUAAACAUGUGGAAUGAAAAUUAUGUCUCUCGUCCUUUCACUCGUGCCCUUGCCUCUGCUUUGCGCGCUUCUACUACACAGAAUCAACAGAGAGCAAACACUAAAAGACCAGCCUCUGAGGACAAGAACGUCACUGCACCCAAUAAGAAGAACAAGGGAGCAGUUCUAGCGGAUAUCUCAAAUGCCAGCUUCAAUGCACCUAAACUUGAGGCCAAAAACAUCAAGCAGGUAAAGAAAGGACGGGGUACAUCUCAGUUGGCAUCAUCUUGUGUUACUUCAGAAAACACAAAACUUCAGUCCAAGACUGAUGAAAAAGCUGAAGCUGUAUCAGUGACAGCAGGAAGCAUGUCUUUUUGUAAAGACACACAUGAUACAGCUGAUAACUGUAAUUUCAGAUUGCCUCCAAGACCUCUUGGGAGAUCAGCUUCUAUAGUUGAGAAAAGUGAUGUAAUUGGUAGUUCAACUGCACUAGAUAUCCCAAAAUUCAUAGACAUUGAUUCAGAUGACAAGGAUCCUUUACUCUGCUGCCUCUAUGCCCCUCAAAUCUACUACAGCCUGCGUGUCUCAGAGCUUAAGCGCAGACCGGUUCCUAACUUCAUGGAGAGAAUACAGAAGGAUGUCACUGAGUCCAUGCGAGGGAUUCUGGUAGAUUGGCUUGUGGAGGUCGCUGAGGAAUACACGCUUGUACCUGACACUCUUUACCUCACAGUGUAUCUCAUAGACUGGUUCCUCAAUGGAAACUACCUGGAAAGACAUAAACUUCAACUCCUCGGCGUCACUUGCAUGCUAAUUGCCUCGAAGUACGAGGAGAUCUAUGCACCACGCAUUGAAGAGUUUUGCUCCAUCACUGAUAACACCUACACAAGAGAUCAGGUCCUGGAGAUGGAGAACCAAGUACUUGCGCAUUUUAGCUUUCAAAUAUACACUCCCACUCCAAAAACGUUCCUAAGGAGAUUCCUCAGAGCAGCGCAUGCCUCUUGCCAGAGCCUGAGCCUAGGGGUUGAGCUAGAGUUUCUAGCGAGCUAUCUAAUGGAGUUGACAUUGGUAGACUAUCAUUUCUUGAAGUUUCUUCCUUCGGUCAUCGCUGCUUCAGCUGUUUUUCUUGCCAAGUGGACAUUGGACCAAUCUAACUACCCAUGGAAUCCAACACUUGAGCAUUACACAACGUACAAAGCCUCAGAUCUGAAAGCAUCUGUUCAUGCAUUACAAGAUCUGCAGCUUAACACCAAAGGUUGCCCGUUGAGCGCUGUACGCAUGAAGUAUAAGCAAGAGAAAGUAAGUUUAUAUACACUUAGACCACAUACUAAACCCGGUUUGGUGUCCAUUCUCAUAAGACUCUUUUGAAUUUGCAGUUCAAAUCUGUGGCGGUUCUCACAUCUCCUAAAUUACUUGACACACUUUUCUGAAUGGGGCUAUGUUUCUACCAAUAAUAGAUUUAGUAACAUUGAUGGUGGUCCAGUUCAUCUUCUUUAAUAUGUUAAGAACUUACAAUUUUGUUCAUAAAACAAGUUCCCACAAGCCUCUCUAUUCAAGUGUUUGUUAUUUUAUCCUUUUACCAUUUGUUUCUCCAAUUUAUUGGUCAAGGCUUUGGCUUGUUCUGCUCUUGGUGCAGCAUAAUUCCCACAUUCCCAAUACCUGAUUAAAUUUUAGCUUAAUUUGAUCUAUGGUUUGUUUGUAACCAGACCCGGUUUCAUCUAAUCGAUAACAAAAGGUUGUUUUUGGUUUGACUUGUUUCUCGUUCCGGUUUAGUUCGUCAGAUCUGUACCGAUAGUUGAUUUAUUAUUCUAUGUGUAUAUCCUUGAUGAUUAGUACUGCAAAACGUGGACGUGCCGGAGUGGUUAUCGGGCAUGACUAGAAAUCAUGUGGGCUUUGCCCGCGCAGGUUCGAAUCCUGCCGUUCACGAAUUUGUUUUUCUUCCUUCUUUUUUUUGGCAUUUCAGUUGACUAUCCAUAGUGGCCCUGCAAACUCCAUUGCUCAUGCUUCAAAGCUCUAUAUCGAUUGAAAAUACUAAACUGAUACUUUCUUGUUUUCUUUUGUUUUGCCUCUCUCAAUAAGCUGCUGAUACAAAAUGGGAGUCUGGUGUCAGACGAAGUACAAGUUAUAACAAAUUAUAUAACUUAAGGUUGUUAUUUGAUACAAGCUGAAUUACCCUACCCAACCCAAAAAUUUAAUUCAAGUGGGAAGACAAACGGAAUUUUCGCAUAAAUGGUUCAUGACUACAAUCUUUAAAGUUCAAACUCAACAAAUCUGACAUCGGAAAGCUGUAAAUUCUUUUGUUUUAAGCUGUAAAUUCUUGCUUCACUGGGUUCUAGUAAGUGUGUGGAACGACACCUACGUGGUUAUUUAUGUACGUGUGUUGGUAUACUUGUAUUGUAUUUUCAUGAACUACACCAUUUGGUUCAACCGUUCAAGUGUCUAUAAAUGAGAAGAUAGAGGCCCACAUAAACGAUAACGACAUCGACGUUAGGGGUA